AUGGGUAGAUAUUCGGUGAAGAGAUACAAAACCAAAAGAAGAACACGAGACUUGGACCUGAUCUAUAAUGAUCUGGCCACCAAGGAAUCAGUACAGAAGCUUUUAAACCAGCCAUUGGACGAAACCAAACCAGGUCUCGGUCAGCACUAUUGUAUACAUUGUGCCAAGUACAUGGAAACCGCCAUAGCGUUGAAAACUCAUUUGAAGGGUAAGGUGCACAAAAGAAGGGUCAAGGAGCUGAAGAGCGUCCCCUACACACAGGAAGUCUCUGACGCUGCUGCGGGCUACAACUUGAACAAGUUUUUGAACCGCGUGCAAGAGAUUACACAAACAGUGGGCCCAGAAAAGGAAACUAAUGAAGCUUUACUGAAAGAACACCUGGACACUACCUUGGCAAACGCCGCAACUACAGAACCUACUUUACCGUGGGCGGCCACUGAUGCUGAACCAAAUACCACUGCUAUCACGGAGGCUGAAUCCACUGCCACACCUACAGUUUAA